AUGGACUAUAAUAUACACAAAAUUUGCCGAGUUUGCCUGGAGGAACUACAUCCUGUAACUUCAAUAUAUAGCACGGAUUUUGCUAUGAUGCCUUCCGUAAUGUUGAUGCAAUGCGCUAAAAUAAGAGUUUUCAAAACCGAUGGCCUACCCUCGGUGAUCUGCAACAACUGUAUUUACCGGCUGGGAGUUGCCUUCCACUUCAAGCAGGAAUGCGAAAACAGUGAUCUCCGGCUACGGCAAUAUCUGGGCAUUCUGGAGUCCUGGCGCCAGGAUGCGGCCACCAAUACGGACUUUGUGGAGAAGCCGUUGCUUCCGCAGCGCGACAGCGAUGAGGAGGAACCGGUGGAUGCCAAAGUGAGCAAGAGGCGGUCGCGAUAUCAAAGGAAACCGCCAGAAGAGCACAAAAAACGGGGGCCCAAACCUGUGCCAAAGAUGCCUCACACCUGCUACGAGUGCCACAAAAGCUUCAAGUGCAUUGCCCAAUUAACACAGCAUAUAAGAACACAUACGGGCGAGAAACCCUACCAAUGCAGCUUUUGCAUCCAGAGAUUCGCCCAGAAGUACAAUCUAAAGGUCCACGAAAGAACGCACACGGGCGACAAGCCUUUUCAGUGUGAGAUCUGCUCCAAACAGUUUUCCGCGUUGGGCAAUUUCCAGGCGCACCAGAAGAUUCACUUAGGAGUGCGUGAUCAGGUAUGCUCGCUAUGUCAGAAAGGUUUCUACACUGCCGGGGAUCUCUCCAAGCACAUGAUAACCCAUACGGGCAUCAAAAACCAUCACUGCGAUGUCUGCGGCAAGGCUUUCAGCAGGCGAAGAGAUAUGCGAACGCAUAAAUUGAAGCUUCAUCCUCUGGAGUCCAGUACAAACCAUGAUAUAGUGGACGAUGAUGAUGAUGAGGCCAUAGACACGGAUCCCGUGGGUCUGGACACCCUCGAUCACGCCCACUUCAAGUGCCCGGAUUGCGACAAGGCAUUUGAUACGGCGGACAGCCUCAGUCUUCAUUUCCGCACACAUGCUGCGAAUAAUAAUCUACUGAAUUUGCCGUUGCCUCCUGCACCGCCCAUGUCGCAUCAUUACCAUCACGAUGCACUGCAUCAUCUCGGCCCUCCGAACCCCGCCACACAAAUGGGAAUGGCUGCAAUGGCUCACAUGUUGGCUCCGCCGCCGCCUCCACCGCCAACGCCAAGUGAAGGACGUUACACUAUGCUACACCACACGGCAGCGCAAAGACUACAUUACUAGAGUAUUACUACGAAGAUUUAUGUUAAUCAUAAUUAUUGUUUUAGAUUAUGUUUUGAUAUUGAACACUUUUAUUUAGUUUGUCUAUAUAAAAUGGAAUAUUUUGUCAUGUUUGCUUUUAUAUCUUUACAAUAAAUACAUGUAGAAAUUUGGCAAGCACA